AUGGGCAAUUGUUUGGGUUUUGGACCUGAAGGUGUGAGAAAAGGAGCAUGUGCUGCACGCAUCCAGGCUUGUUGCUAUGGUGGAGAAAUUCCUGCUGGUGGAUGGUUUGCCUGUUGCCAGAGGAGAGGUGCCAAGGGUGAUGGUAAAGGCUCAACAGUGACAGUGUGCUUUGGACUGUUUCUUGGUAUUUUGGGUAUCUUAUUCAUUGCAGGGGGAGUUAUGGUUGGCUACUACCCAAAGAAGCUUGAGGAGCCGAUACUUUUCUAUGUUGAAGAUGCCACACAACAUGAAUUCUUGCCAACGUAUCAGCUCAUGAUUGCAAUUGGAGUCUUUUUAUUCCUAUCAGCCGUCUGUGCCUGUUGUUUCGGUGUCGGAGAUGGUGACAAAGUUGGAGGCUGUUGCUUGCUGCUUGCUUUCAUCAUGGUCAUUGUUGUGGUUGGCCGCCUAAGCUACAGUGUCAGCAAAUUUGACAGCGAAAGAGUAGAGUCCGAUAUAAGGAAGAAUAUGAUGGCUAAAAUAAAUACCGGUAGCACGGACCCCAUUUUGGAUUACAUUCAGCAAAAUUUAGAAUGUUGUGGAGUAGAGGGACCAUCAGAUUGGCAGCAUAACAUCAAGUUUAACAAUGAAACUGUUCCCGACUCUUGCUGUAAAGUUGAAACUCCCGACUGUGGACAGAAUUACAGACCAGAUAACAUAUUUCUGGGUGGAU